AUGCUUUUCUUCCAGCCGUGCAAGAGACUGCGAAAGGACGACGAGCCUCCCAGCAAAUCUAUCAAAAAUUAUUUUUCCCCCGUCUCCAAAAGCAUAGAGAAGGUUCUGUCCUCCCCCAGAUCCAGCAACAUCGCUGACUACUUCAUUAAAAACUCCCCAAUUCUAGACAAGGAGCGUGCCGCCAGCAGCCCGGACCGCGGCCCUCGCCCCACCAAGAACGGCCAGCUGCCCACAACUCCACUUAGUGCCUCCGGCAGAGCCUCGGGCAGGCUCACCAAGCAAGUGAAGAGGACCAGAUUGAUCAAGAGACUUGGCGAGGCCGAGCCUGAUGAGGGGAGUCCCAGUCCUCCUGCCGCAGAGUUCUCUGGAAAUACUGGAUUUAUGGGAAGUGACACGGCUGCUUUACUGGCAGAGAUCUGCAGCAGGGCCGAAGAUCUAGAUGAUGACGAAGGGCCUAAACCUCCAGCCAAGCCAAGCCACCGAGCAACCAAAACAGGGCUGAGAAAAAGAAAGCAAGUGACCCCCAAUGGACCUCCUAUAGACCUGACUAAGCCAGCAGGUGAGCCUGUGGAUCUCCAACCAUCGCUGCCCUGUAAUAGUGUUCUGUCCGAUAGUAAGAGUACAGCGAGCGACUCAAGCCUUGAGGUCCACGUUGACCAUGCGUCUCGAAGUCUUCUAACUAUAUCAUAUGAAGAUUUCCUCAAAAGCCAAGCAGAAGAAGAAGACGACGACUCUGUAGCCUCAGGAUCUGCUUCCCACGGAGCCUCUCUAGACAAUCCAGCUUUACUAAAUACCUCCAGUGACCCGGAGCCCGGCCAGCAGCCUUCCCCUAAAACUGUGACCUUUCAGGCGCAAGUCCACUUGUCUCCUCAGCUGCUGGGUUCCUGCUCGCCUACCAGAGCUCCAGCAAGGAUGGCUUCCAUAUUCUGCAAGAAGAAGCUCGGGGAAGCAGAAAGGAAAGGUGAUGGGGCUGUCUCUGGAAGUCCCAAAGGCGACCACGUGGUGGUCCAGAAAAGAAGAUCCAACGUGGUUAUAGAGGAAGAGGAUCUGGAAUUGGCAGUCAUUGAUGUGGAGACAAUCGAACCGAUGAAACCAAAGUCUACGGCUGCGGAAAGACAGCAUUUCAUGAAAGCUUUCCGGCAAGCUGGCGAGACGCCAAAAAACGCGGCAAAGAAGUCUGACGGGAAAAAGAAAGAUGUUGACAGUGCCGAAGGGACUGACGGCCACAAUAAUCAGGAAGGUGGAGAUGAGGCGCCAGACAACGAUGAGGAGGACAAUCCAGCUGAGGAGGAGCCAGUGAAGGCUCCGAAAACAAAGCGGCUGCUAAAGAAAACCAAAAAUGUAGAUUCAGAAGCUGAGAGAAGAGCCAAGCCCCAACCUCAAUCACACGAGGCAGCCGAGCCACCACAGCAGAGUCCACCUCUUAGGAGAAGCGUGCGGAGACAGAGGUCUGACACUACCUCCAGAUCACCAUUACGGACUGCGUCUGAAAGCCCCCUACUAAUGUCAACCCCGAAAGUGACAACUCCCAGCCACAAUAGUGACCUCUACAAGGCCGAAGUGCUGACUGUACCCUCUGAAACAGAGUCCCCCAUCAGGAUGAGGUUCACGCGAAUCAAUAGGAGGAUUAUCGGCAGACAGAGUGUCACCUUCUCUGACGACGAGGCCUUCACACCGGGCCGUAAGAAGGUUUCUAGCAACUCCAAAAAGAUGAACAAAGCGAAGCAGAUCCUGGAGAAAGCCAAAGCCAUUCAGCAUUAUCGGAUAGAAGUGACAUUUCGGGACGGGAACACCUGGACAGGGAGCCGCAGUAGAGGGAUGCAAGAGCCACAUGCGGCUCCGGAGCCACAGGUUGCUGACCCCUUGGUCUCACAGGACGUUGUAGAUGUGGAAAUUCUUCUGUUUUUCCUGCAGGAACGUAUCACCAUCAAUGACACCAGUAAGACCCCCAUCAGCCAGCCCAACGAGAAGAAGACAAAUCUCCGCAGCUUACACGAUGUUCUGGGGAAGAAAAAGAAGACGAAAGGCUCAGCUUCAGGUGAAUCCACUUCCUUCGUAAAGAAGAAAGCUCCUAAGUGUGCUAUCAUCACAAUUGAUGACGGCUCUGAAGUCUCCGAGAAUUCGCAGGAUGGUGAACAGUUCAAAGCCAAGAGGGAAUUUCUCAUGAGUGGUUUACCGGAUUCCUUGAAGCGCCACAUAGCCAAAGAGGCGGCCCUGAGUGAGGCCUACGCCCUGUCCAGCCUGUCCUUCCAUAGCGUGGUUCAUGUGCAGCAGAAGGAUGGAUGUGAGAAGUGGAAUCUGGUCAUGCCCCGCUGUCCCAUGCUGACAAAACUCGCGCCAGCCUCUGUCAACGUCUCAGACGUUACCUCGUUCACAUUGUCUCCUGGGGAGUUCACCUCCCGCUCUGUAACGCUCGCUCUCCAGCAGCGUCCCGACAUGGUGACCAGGAGAGCCGCGUUUUCAGAAGCCAUCAGAAACUGCCUCCUGGAAGAGAUUAGGCGCUCCAACCCUCAGUUCCCAGUGAGAAGGUUCUUCACCCAGCUCCUGAAGAAGCAGAAUGAUCACCUGGCACUACAAGACACCACUAAACCUGGUGUGUACCCUGUGGACACGGGAGAUUCCCGCAUUGUGGGGUCAUUGCCGCCGCAAGAUUACAAACCUGAGUAUUUCCCUUUCUACUUCUCAGGUGGGCAUCAGGCGGACAAAGGUCUGGUCGUAGAAGAGGCUGAGACUGGGGCAAAGCGUAAGAGGAAGGACUCUCCAGUCCUGAAAUCUAAGAGGAAGAAGAGCACCCCCAGUAAGCACGAGCUAGAUCGAGAGUCGGCCGGGAAAGCCAAGAAGGGACGGCUGUCCAGAGGCUCUCUGAGGAGAAGUGUUUCUUCUACAGAUCCCGAGGUCAUCGUCAUUGAGGAGGAGGCGACACCUGAGCCCGAUGCAGAAGGUCUGGUGUUGGAGGACGUUCUAUGGACAGAGAAGUACCAGCCGCAGAGUACCAGUGAGCUGAUAGGAAAUUCCGUUGCCAUCAGGAGACUGCACAGCUGGCUGAGGGAUUGGAAAACCCGAGCAGAGAAGGAGGAGAAGAGGAGUCAGAUGCAGAAGAUAGAAAAAGAUAAGAAUGACACCUGGGACGCGGAUGACUUCAAUGACGAGGACAGCGAUGAAGAUUCCUUGUGUAACACCAUGCUUAUUACUGGACCUCCGGGUGUGGGGAAGACGGCAGCGGUCUACGCCUCUGCUCAGGAGCUCGGUUUUAAGGUAUUCGAAGUUAAUGCCUCGUGUCAGCGCAGCGGCAGGCAGAUCUUGGCUCAGCUCAAGGAAGCCACGCAGUCUCACCAGGUGGACCAGCAGGGCGUCAAUGCACACAAGCCAUGCUUCUUCAGCAGCUACAGCUUGGGCAAAUCUCCCAGGAAAGUGCACUCUCCCAAGGCCGUGGUGUCCUCUCCCAGGAAGCCUCCAAUGUCACCCCGGGGAGGCAAGAAAGGCCUGGCCCCCAAGUCGCUGGCAAACUUCUUCAAAGCGGCACCAAAGCAGAGAGCUGCACCAGACCAAGGCAAAGGUAUUUAGUGUCCAUCCCCAGAUACGUUGUGUAUGCGUCUGAAUACGGGUCAAUGUGUGUCUGAAGAGAAAAGUACGGAGGAGACCCAGCGGAAGAGUGCCACCUCCCUCAUUCUCUUUGAGGAGGUUGAUGUCAUAUUUGAUGAGGAUUCUGGAUUCUUAAGUGCAAUCAAGACUUUUAUGAGCACAGCGAAGAGGCCGGUCAUCCUGACGACCAGCGACGCGAUGUUCGGAAUGAUGUUUGAUGGUGUCUUUGAGGAGAUCACUUUCCACACACCCUCUGUGGUGAAUGUGGCCAGCUAUCUGCAGGUUCUUUGUCUGGCUGAGAAUCUCAGGACGGACACCAAGGACUUGAUGACAUUUCUAACAGCCAACACUUGUGACAUCAGACAAAGCGUGCUUCAGCUGCAGUUCUGGGCUCGUAGCGGAGGAGGAGGACUGAGAGAGAAGGAGCUGCCGCCUCCUGUUGAGGAUGCUGGGAAAAGCUGUAAUAAGGCCGCAUCACAAAUACAUCCCAAAGAGCUUCCAGGCUGUAACUUUGGCUGUACAGAAAACUCGAUGGGACUCAGUAAUGUAAUACUUCCAACAGAAGGCCUGAUCCCAUUUGUGAAGGGUGAUGACAUGUACAAUGAUGGGGGUAUCCGUGUCUGUCAUACUCCCCUGGGUGAUGCCAUGUACAAUGAUGGGAGUAUCAGUGUCUGUCCUAUUCUCCUGGGUGAUGUCAUGUACAAUGAUGGGAGUGGUGCAAUCUCCAAACCUGGGGAGCUGGGUAGCAUACUGCAACUUUUAUCAGAGUUCCAAUCAAGAAACAAGGACUUCAUAUCCACCAAUCUAGAAUGCCUGCUACCAUUACCUCUGUGUGUUAAAGAAUCUCAAGUCUCCGCCCCUUGCGCUGAGGCAGUAGAACAAGCUCCACCCAAUGAGGAUGAUGAGGUGAAGAUGUCGGCGCAGAUGAAGCGCAGGAAGAAGCUGGUGCUGCUCAAUGACAGUGACUUGUUUGAUAGCAGCUCCUGUUCUCUGGAUCAGACGAUGAUUGCUGAACCCGCAGAUGAGAUCUCCUCCAAUGGGAAUGAAGAGUCUGGCAACGCCGUCUCCCAUAACGCACCUCUCCGGAGGAAGCUGACUGCUGCGGAGCUGACCUCCUCCUGUCUGGUCUACACUUGCCUGGACUCCCUGGCUACCUUGGCUGACAACCUGUCCUAUGUGGACUGCUGUACGUGUGAGGCUGCUGACCAGGCGGGUGGCUGCAAUGGGAACUGGACUGAGAGCAGACUGAGGCACGGCCUGUGUGAUAGCCUGAGGAUAGAGACUGGUGAUGCCGUGAUUGCACAGAGUGCCGGGGAGAUCAGGGCGCACAUAGAGGGACUUGCUUUACACAAGUGUUCCUCUGACCUCACUACCGCUAUGGACACUUCACUGGAGCAGUGCAAACGGGCCGGACAUGACCCAACGGGAGAGCUCACCCUGCAUGUGUCUAAAUCCCGGGAGGAGGUGUACUUCGGUCACCCCUCCUCCACCGCAAGCACUGCGGAGAGCAGGCUAUCCACUGUGAGGACCAUUUUAUCAAACCGAGCGUUCAUCGCACUGGGCAACAGACAAGUCAAUGUGACCGAAUAUCUUCCAGCCCUGCGCAGCAUUUGUCGGAUCGAGAAGGCGAAGGAGGAAGGGAAGACAAAGCGCAGGUUUCUUCAUUAUUUGGAGGGAAUCCACCUCGAGUUACCGAAGACGACGCUGAACAGUCUGGCGGCAGAUUUCCCAUAAUCCUCAGCUGCACUGUGUGCAGGAACGAUGUGGGUUGUA